ACUCGCUCUCGAUCCGAUGCCAAUCAAAUUCGCAACGCGAAAGAAAGCAGACGUCGCACGGGUACUAUGCGAACUGUAGAUUACAAAUUCAUUUGAGUUCAACACAGAAUAACUGCGCGUGUAAAGGCAAUUUUUGCAAGACAAUUAAAAAGCAAGCCCAACUGAGAGAGCCCGGAAAAGCACGAAAAUGCCGAGCCCAACAAAAGCAGCGGAGGCAGCAACAAAGGCAAAAGCAACAAGUGACUGCAGCUGCAGCGCUGCCAGUGUUGAGCAGCGUGCCCCCGCAAACGCAGCUAACCCCUCACCCUCACUACCCACUAGCGGUAAAUUUGGCGGCAAAACAGAAGAUCAAAAAGCGGCCGCCAUUAACAAGCAAAAGGAAUUUUGCGUGCCAAACGAGACCAGCGACUCGGGCUUCAUUUCCGGCCCCCAGUCCUCGCAGAUCUUCAGCGAGGAGAUAGCCCCCGACUCGGAGGAGCAGAAGGAUCAGCAGAAGGAUACGAAACAGGACCAGGAGGAGCCCCGCAAAGUACAGCCCGUCGUCCUCGAUUCCGGCAUAAUCGACGAAGAGGAGGACCAGGAGGAGGAACAGGACAACAAGGAGGAGGAGGAGCACCAGGACCCCAGCGUCGAUCCAAUGCGACUCAAACACAGCGCGGACACAGGCAUCCCACAAUGGACCGUCGAAAGCCACCUGGUCAGCCGCGGCGAACAGCUCAACAAUCUCGGCCAGAGCAGCACCCAGAUCUCCGGUCGCAGCAAGGUCCAAUCCUCCACAGCCAGCACCACCGCGAAUCAGAAUCCCACGGGAUCAGGAGCCACCUCAUCCGCUCCGCCCAGCAGCAUCAACAACUUGAACGCCUGGGAGCAGUUCUAUCAGCAAAACGACGACGGCGACACACCUCUGCACCUGGCCUGUAUUUCGGGAUCCGUGGACGUGGUGGCAGCCCUAAUUCGCAUGGCCCCGCAUCCGUGCCUGCUGAACAUCCAGAACGAUGUGGCCCAGACUCCCCUUCACCUGGCCGCCCUCACGGCCCAGCCGAAUAUCAUGAGGAUACUGCUACUGGCUGGAGCUGAGCCCACGGUGCGCGAUCGUCAUGGAAACACAGCCCUGCAUCUUUCCUGUAUCGCCGGGGAGAAACAGUGCGUCCGGGCCUUGACAGAGAAGUUUGGAGCCACGGAAAUCCACGAAGCCCACCGACAAUACGGACAUCGUUCCAACGAUAAGGCAGUGAGCUCUCUGAGCUACGCCCGACUCCCCGCCGAUCUGGAGAUUCGCAACUAUGAUGGAGAGCGCUGUGUUCAUCUGGCUGCCGAGGCGGGACACAUCGAUAUCUUACGCAUUUUGGUAUCCCAUGGAGCCGACAUUAACGCUAGGGAGGGCAAAUCGGGCCGCACACCUCUGCACAUUGCGAUCGAGGGCUGCAACGAGGAUCUGGCCAACUUCCUGCUCGACGAGUGCGAGAAACUCAACCUGGAGACGGCAACCUUCGCCGGAUUGACGGCCUACCAGUUCGCGUGCAUCAUGAACAAGUCGCGCAUGCAAAACAUCCUAGAGAAACGCGGAGCGGAGACCGUAACGCCUCCAGACAGUGACUACGACAGUAGCGAUAUCGAAGAUCUAGACGAUACGAAGAUGUACGAUCGCUUUGGCGAUCCGCGCUACUUUGUCAGCUACAACGGUGGCAAUCCCAUGACAGUUGCCUGAAUGCCCCACCCAAUCUGUACAUACGACUUAGACUAAACAUACACGUUAUGAUUAACACAACCCGAAUUCCCGACCUGGUUUAAUUGCUGUUUUCAAAAGCACGCCUUUCCUGCCCAGAAAUGUUUGCACAUUGACACACGUUCACAAACAGAUUCAGGAACUGGAACAUAAUGUACUUACUAUCCCAGCAAGUGGAAGACCGAAACGAAUUGAAUUGCUUGUGUUAACGAUAGUAUUUAGAGCGAAAUAAAGCAUACAAGGAUGCAGAA